AUGCUCGAGGAGCCCAAAAUGGAUUUGUACAAAUCGAAUACGACAACCUCCAAAGCUGUCACAGAGCACAAUGGCGACGCUCUGGAAGGCCGCCAGCGCCAGAUGGAAGUGUCCUUCAACCUGUGGAGUACUCUCGGCCUAGUCUAUAGCAUCACCGCCACUCCCGUCUCUAUCGGAAGUUAUCUGACUUUCAGUCUGGUCUUGGGGGGUGCUCCUUUCUUCAUCUAUGGUUACAUAUUUGCGGUCUGCUUCAAUAUCAUCUUGUGCGUCGCGCUGGCGGAGGUCGCAUCGAUUUACCCGCACCCUAGUGGCCACAUUUAUUGGGUCGGCAGGCUGGCCCCGAAAUCCUGGGCUGCACUCCUCAGUUAUAGCACCGGCAUCUUGACCUCAGCGGCGUGGUUCUUCUGGAAUGCCGGAACUUACCUACUUACUAGCCAGAUCCUGCUCGCUAUGGUCAUGGUGCUCUAUCCCAAUAGGUACACUACGUACCCAGCAUGGCACGUCGUGCUGCUCGCAUUCGCGGAAGGGCUGUUGGCCAUCCUCUUGAAUAUUCCCUUUUUCAAGACCUUGCCCUCUAUGUUCAAGUGCAUGGUUGUGUUGACCAAUACCGGAAUCCUCUUCCUCGCCGUCAGCUUGCUGGUUCGAGCUGAACCUAAGCAGACUGCGCACUCUGUGUUUGUUGAAGUUGUCAACCAGUCCGGCUGGCCGUCGGUCGGCGUUGUGUUUUUCCUCGGACUUCUGCCUGGCACAACAGCGAUUAACGGCUUCGACUCAGCCUCACAUUUAGUAGAGGAGAUGUCAGACCCAGCACGUCAGGUUCCGCAGGUCAUGAUUGGUAAUGCAUUACUCUCUGGUUCUUUGGGUCUGCCGAUGGCAAUCAUCUUCUGCUUCUGUAUCACGCACUCGGAGAAUCUCCUGGCACCUGUAGGUGGAGUAACGAUUGUCCAACUCUUCCAUGACGCUUUGAGAAGCAAAGCGCUCUUUACUAUAGCCAGCCUGCUGUACGUCCUUGUCACUCUAGCUGGCGGCGUCGCCGUCACGACCACCGUCGGUCGCGUGUGGUGGUCCUUCUCCACGCAUCGUGGCCUGCCAUUUCAUUCCUGGCUCGCCAAGAUCCACAAAACCAAAUACUGGGCUGUCCCCACCAACGCUAUUUGUGCCUCGGCCUUCUUCUCCUGCCUGGUCCUGCUAGUCCAACUGGGCCCUAGUUUCGUGCUGGCGGGUAUAUUUAGCACGGCCAACAUCUGCUUCUACUUGAGCUACGCGAUCACAUUGGCAUGCUUCUUACAGAAGAAAUGGACACAGGGGUUACCGCCCCACUAUCUUGACCUCAAAGGCGUCUUGGGCGACGUUCUCGGUGUUGUCAGCAUCAUCUGGUGCCUGUUUGCCAGCGUGUGGCUCAUGGUCCCGUACUACCUGCCUGUCACACCUCAAUUGAUGAAUUGGUCGGUAGCGAUCCUGGGCGUUGUUAUUGUCUUGUCCAGCGUGGAUUGGUUUGUGCGAGCGAGAAAAAGCUAUAUCAUUCCAUCGCUACUAAUACUCUGA